AUUUCAAAGAUCGCCUUGCCGUAACGUAAUUAAAUGCUACCGGAGUAUACUUUCUCAAUUUUCUCUCCAUUAUUUAUGGCUCCUUCUCUAGUCUUUCAUAAAGGCUACAAAAUGCUCAUCGCGUUUCCUCGACGCCCACAAGCACUCUCGCUUUCCUGAACAAAGAAUCUCUGCUCUCUCUCUCUCCCUCGGGCGGACAAGCAGGAACAAGAACUCGAGAACACAAAGCUCUUUCUUUGAUUUCCUCGUGAGAUUUCUCCGAUCAUUUCGUUUCUACUGGGCACGAAUUAGUUUCUCCUAUAUGUGUGUGCGAGUGAGAGUAAAUGAGGUGUAAGAAGCAUAACUCCGACCUUAGCAGCACCGUCGGCGUCUGUGCAUCCUGCCUCAGCGACCGACUCUUAGUCCUCAUCGCGGCGCAGGCCCAGGCUCAGGUCCUGUCCCAACACCAGCAGCUCUCCCCGACUCAAUAUCGUCCCGCUGACGUACCUGUGGGUACCCGGAUAUCUGACGCCAAUUUGCCUCCGCCUCCGCCUCCGCUCGUUUUACCUCGCUCCGUCUCCCCCUACGUCUCCCGCCGUAAGUCGGACGACGCCACAUGGAAACACCAGCACCACGACCGUCAUGAUCGUCGUUUCUACAGCACUCCCCAGGUGGGUCCUACCUACGCCUCAUCUACCUUCGCCAGUACCACCGGAUCUUGUAAGAAGAAGAACAUCAGGCUCUUCCUAUUGUCCAAGUUGUUCGGGUCCAGAUCCGAGAAAUUGGAGCCCGAUCCCAGAAUUUCGUCUAAGGAAUCUUGCGGGCCUUCAUGGUCGACAUCAUCUUCUUCUCCCUCUUGGUUCACCACAAUCUUCAACGGAAACCGGAGAAAGCAAUCGCGGCCGUUCGUUGUCGACGAAUCCACCGCCAACGUAGACAGAAGACCUGGUCGGAGAGCUAAUCGAGGAAUGUCGCCAGUGAGAACGACGGAUUCCGAUGAAGAUGCCAAUCAUCCGGUAUCAUCGAGUGGCUACUCCUCGGAGGCGUGGCGUUCACCGGCGUUCGCGGUACGACGGACUCGGCAGGGACAAAGCCGGAACCCGUCCGGAAUAGCGUUUUGCUUGAGCCCGCUGGUGAGGGCGAGCCCCAACAGGCACUGGAACCAGAAGAGUUUGCCGCCGGAUAUAACCGUCUCCGGCGAUACUAGGGUGCCGGGGAAGCCACAUCUCAAAACGGCGGCGUCGUUUUGCAAAAGCCGGUCGAGGAAGCUUGCGGAUUUGGGGAAAGUCGGCUACAACCAUUGAUUUCCUUGACCGUUGACAUCGCCUUCGACGCGCUGAUGUGAUGUCCUCAAAAGAUUCCGUGACUCCGGUGGGCAAACGAGAGGACCCGAUCUAAUGGACGAUAACGUGGAUACAAGAAUCUUGUUUAUCUAAGGGUCAGGAGAAAUGGGGUCAAAUGAUAAGUUCGAAAAAGGAUCGGGAUACUUUAUAAAUUUUUAAAAAUUUGUAGAGACAGAUGUAAUUUGUGUAGUCGGGUCCACAAAUUUAAAGAGAGCUUGCAGUUUCCUCGGGACUAGGACUCAGUACGGUCAAUGUCCUUUAACCGUUAUUUCUACGACUUUACUUUCCAAAUUAAAAAAAUAAAAGAAAAUCAAUAUGGGUGUUUAAAUUGUUAUCCA